UUGAUUUCUUUUCAGAGGAAUCACACUAAGGAUCUCUUCUGCUGUCUAUGCAAAAAUGAGCCCCUCGAAGCAUUACGAGAACAUGUUUCAAGCCAUUUGUCUGUGUCGUCCGAAUCAUGCACACCUACACGAGCACUUUUAUCCUACAAAAACGCGGACAUUUUCUUAGAAACAACGGAAGAACCAUUGUGUUCUAAGCUCCAAAAAUCGAAAAUCAAUGUGCAACGUGAAGGAGAAGUUGAAACUAGCAUGGAACAAGAUACGACAACGGAUGCAUCAGACACCGAAUCAGCGCAGUCUAUUACCUUAGAAGAUGCGACUAUACAAGAGGAACCACCUUCACAUACAAUUGAAGAGUUGCAAAUAGAAGAUUAUCCUCCAGUAGAGAAUGGUAGCUCACGCGAUGGCAGUUCACCGUCAGUCCUCGAAAAACAGCGACAAGUGCUUGCACAACUUCUUGAUGAUCUGGGACCGCCUCCGUCAGUCAUGAUCAUAGAAAAUCAUCAUGCCUCUAUACGCGAAGAAGAAGAUGAACCACAGCGUGCGGUACCAAAAAAUUCUGUGAUUGAUGAUGGAGAUGAUGUCCUGGUUAUUGAUGAAGCAGGCGAGGUUUUGUUUCGUCUUACAAAUUCUUUCCAGCAAAAUGUUCUUUCAAUGGUACAAUCCCCUCUUCCUUCAAUAUCAGUGGCUUCUGCAGUUGUGCAUACAGUAAACGAAGGUGAUGAGGAUUGUAUGAUGAUGGAUGUCGUCGAAUUGUAA